AUGGGAGCCGACUGGUAUAACUUUGUGAGCAUGACAGCUGCUGCGAUUCCUGUUCCGAAAGAAGCGUUGCAGCAGCCGUUUAAUCUGCCGGGUUUCAAGCUGAUGACUUUUAUGCACGAGCACUAUGACAACAAGCUCAAGGAGGACUACAAUGAGUAUCAUGGUGCGAUUAUCUGCCUUGCGGAUACGGAGCUGCUCUUCUCGUCGGUAUACGUCAUUGGCCCAUACGAGAUCCCACUCUACCAGGCUUCGUGCAAGAGGAUGAAGCACUUGGAUGCGCUUAUGCCAGCAGGCAUCCGAGAGAGCUUGGUCAGCGCGUUCGAGAAGUAUACAGGCCGCAAGCCGGAUGUUGUGCCUGGGUUCUGGACCAUCGGCGCCACAUCUGAGUACGAUGUGCAACUACACAUGACUUGGUCUUUGGGGACAGAUGAAAGAAUCUAUGACGGAGACUGUGAUACGUUCUGCUUCACUGUGAAGCAGGAUGCUGAUGCUGAUAAGCUUAAGUGCUUUGUGGCUAUUAAGAAUAAGGAUGGUCAUCGCCGAGACCCAGAUCUGAGCGAUAAGAGACCCACGUCGCUUGGAGGCGAGUUGACAAUCAUGGUGGACAGGCGCCGAAUCGAUCACUAUCGUCUCAAGGAGCAACUGCCGGAUGACGAGUCAAGAGGGCUGGUGGACACUCUCAUCACCCCAGCUGCAGUCGAGAUGUUGCACAAUAGGCUCGCCGGCAGAUUAAGACCCAUCGUCACGACUAUCCGAAGCGCCAAGGAAAUCUGUGUGGAGAGUUCAACCGUCUGGACCCAAGAAUCGCCAAAGCACCUCGAGUUCUUCACCUCGUGCCCCUCGAUCAAGGAGGCGCUUUGGCUUUUCCUCUAUCGCCAUCAUAUAUUGGACGCUCCCUCGACCGUGCUUGAGAACGAUGUCCAGUUGGUGGAAGCUGCGUUUGGUUGCAUCAAGCCCGUCUUUGUCGAGACGUUCAAGUGUUGA